AUGGUUUCCUUUAAGAAAGUUCUGACGCUGUUGUUUAUCGGCACAGUGAGCGCGCUGCCAGCAGCCGACAGCAAUGGUCAACUGUCUGAUUUGAUGCUCGAUAAGAGAAACCUUUUCAACCCAAGAGCAGUUUGCAAAGCCAGCGAUCCCAACAUCCAAGCCUUCAAGAAAAACCAAGCCAAUGGAUCCGCAUUCUGCUCGAACUACAUCCAAAGCACAGUUUCUACUACCGUCACCCCCAUAGUCCGCAGUACCUCGACGAGAGUUACAGUCACCACGACUACUCAGACAGGUAUCACUACUGUUCGAACUACCACCUUCCUUGUGACCGUCACCACUGCGACAAAGACGGAUUUGACUACAGUAACUCUGACAAGCACUGCCCUUGUUACUGAUGUCAUAACCAAGACACUCACAAACAAGGCGACGAGUAGAGUCACCAACACUAAGGUAGUUCAGGUGGCUGUGACAGAUGUUGAGCAGGUCACUCAGAGGAUUACUACAGGGGUCACUACGACUGUUACUGUCGAUGUUGAUACAACGCUUACAACGGAUGUGACCGACGCUUCCACCGUCGACGUUCUGACUACCUCCUCAACAACAGUUUCCACUUUCGUUGAAGCAGCAACUCCUACCGUGUAUGUUCCUGAUAUGGAGGUCCACUGCAACGUCGUUGGUUAUGGAGAUGAUAAAAACUAUUGGAGUGGGGGAUCCGGUCGAUCUAUCGAAAAUCCGAGCUUCAGCGUAUGCCGAGACUUUUGCUUGGGCGAUUCGGAAGCCGCCAGCUUCAGCUUCAACUCCGUAGAGUGCGACUGUUAUAAUGGCACAGUGAGUGCUGCGUUUACACCAGACGCAUCGUCUCCCUGGACAUUCUAUGACAUGUUAUGUGGUUCCGCCAACAAGCCUUCUAAACGAGCAGUGAAGGUAGUACAGAUACCUGAUUAUCUACCAAGCAAAGCUCCCAGCGCUGUCAGCAGCGCGUGUUCAUGCCUGAUCGCGAGUCCCUCUGCCCCCACGACCACAACCAUCACCGCCAAAGCCUCGAGGACAAUCACAGCUACACAAACCCGAACCAACACUGUCUCUGUUAAUAAGCUCAAGAGCACAUUUAUCACAGAGCGAAAGACUAGCACUUCUACCAGCUCUACGAAAACAAUCAAAACAGGUUCUCAGACCGUGACGCAAACGAACCGUAAGAGCGCGACGGUCACAAAACCUGUUACUGUCACGGUUACAAACUUCAACACUGUUCUGGUGACCAAUACCAAUGUCGUUGAUGCUACGAACUACAAUACGGUUUUCGUUACGAAUGUUGAUACCGUAGCUGAGACGGAUUAUAAUACCGUUGUUGUCACGAAUGCGGAGGGUUUUACGGUUACUCAGUAUUACACCACAGUGGAGACAGAUGUAGCUACGGGCGUGAUUACACCGGAUGCUGUUACUGUGACGAGUGGAACAACAACUGUCUGGGGAUCGUGA